CCGGCAGAAGAGAAGAGAGAGCGGAGAGAGAGACAGAAGCAGUCUGUCUGCGCUGCGACUCAACGCAUCACCGGCGGCGAGGGAGGCUGCACUGCACCUUCUCUGCCGAGGACGGACCUGAACCAGCCGGGCUCGCCUCCAGAGCCCCUCCGUAUGGGCUCACCAUGCGCAGGAUACGGGCCAACGCCAUCGCGAUUCUGACCGUUGCGUGGAUCCUGGGCACGUUUUAUUACCUGUGGCAGGACAACAAGCCCCAGUCGUCGUCGCUGUCGUCGUCGGCGUCGCAGACCCGCGGCAGGGGCCAUGGUCAGAAGGUGGUCCCCGGUCGGCUGGAGAUCCACCGGGACGACAGGACCAUCCCGCUGAUAGUGAGCCAGCCCCCGUGGGCAGAGCAGCCGGGCCAGCUGCUGGGCGCCUUCGAUGAGAAGGCCUACCUGGCGGGGAAGCAGCUGAAGCCGGGGGACGACCCGUACAGAGAUCACGCCUUCAACCUGCAGGAGAGCGACCGGCUGGGCAGCGAGCGAGCCAUCAGAGACACCCGGCACUACAGGUGUGCGUCUCUGAAUUAUGACACGGACCUUCCCUCCACCAGUAUCAUCAUCACUUUCCACAAUGAGGCUCGCUCUACUCUCCUUCGCACCAUCAAAAGUGUCCUGAUGCGAAGUCCUCCGUCCCUGAUUCAAGAAAUAAUCUUGAUAGAUGACUUCAGCUCUGACCCUGAGGACUGCCAGCUGCUUUCUCAGAUCCCCAAAGUGCGCUGCCUGAGGAACGCCAGGAGAGAGGGUCUGAUCCGAUCACGUGUGCGAGGCGCCAACACGGCGUCGGCCUCCAUCUUGACCUUCUUGGACAGCCACUGCGAGGUCAACGCUGAUUGGCUGCAGCCGAUGAUCCAGAGAGUCAAGGAGGACCAUACGCGAGUGGUCAGCCCCAUCAUUGACGUCAUCAGCCUGGAUAACUUCGCCUAUCUGGCUGCCUCCGCUGACUUGAGAGGAGGAUUUGACUGGAGUCUCCACUUCAAAUGGGAGCAGAUUCCCAUCGAGCAGAAGAUGGCGAGGAGCGACCCCACGCAGGCGAUCAGGACGCCCGUCAUCGCUGGUGGAAUUUUUGUCAUGGACAAGAGCUGGUUCAACCACCUGGGCCAGUAUGACACCCACAUGGACAUCUGGGGAGGGGAGAACUUUGAGCUUUCUUUCCGGGUGUGGAUGUGCGGAGGAAGCCUGGAGAUUCUUCCCUGCAGCCGCGUGGGUCACGUGUUUAGGAAACGGCACCCAUACGACUUCCCAGAAGGCAAUGCCCUCACCUACAUUAAGAAUACCCGGCGGGCUGCUGAGGUGUGGAUGGAUGAGUUUAAACAGUACUACUACUCUGCAAGGCCGUCAGCCCAGGGCAAGGCCUUUGGCAGCAUUGCAGACCGCCUGACACUGCGGCGGAAGUUGAACUGCAAACCUUUCCGCUGGUACAUGGAGAACGUCUAUCCUGAGCUGAGGGUGCCCGAGCAGGAAGCAGUGUCCAGUGUGCUGAAACAAGGCGGUUUGUGUCUGGAGACCCGUGGGACAGACACCCUCGGCCUGGCAGAGUGCAGGGGCAUCGGAGCCAUCAGGCCGCAGUCGCAGAGGUGGGAACUAAUAGAGCCACUGCUCCGGCAGCAGGACCUCUGUCUGGCCAUUUCAGCCUUCACAGCAGGGUCAAAGGUCAAGAUGGAGACCUGCAACACAAAAGAGCCCAGACAGAAGUGGAAGCCUAAAGGCACGGCUCUGCAGCACAUGGUCAGUGGCCUGUGCCUGGACAGUCAGACCCCGACGGGCCCUCUGGUCGUCACUCAGUGUCGCCCCCAGGUGGCCAGCCAGUCCUGGGAGCCACAAAUCAUCACCUGAGCCACAGUGGACGAGGGGGGAAGAGGGACCCGGCCUGCAGAAGGACUCAUUGGGAUCAUCAUCAUCUGCACAGUCUUGUCGCCGUGCUGAGGGAUGAAAGGAACUGUACUUUUGUGAUGUCAACUUGGAGCUCCUGGUCCAUGGGGACACAAGAGCAUCGCUGAAAACAUUUCAAGUCCUCGUCGAGCAAAUACAUCUGAGGUCUUUUCUGUACAGUGCUUCAUCCUUCCAGGAUGCUGCAGUUCUACGUAAUCUAAGCUUUUCACCGAAAAACUGUUGCACAUCUGACUUUUUCCAUUUCUGUAUCUACAUUAUAUCCUGGUAAACAAUUUGCUUAAAAUUGGAGUAGUGUGGGUUGCCCUUAACACUAACAAGUGCAUACUGUACUGUAGCAAAUGUGUUGAGGUGGACCUGACUCUGAGUCAUAGUAAGUGCUUGUCUUGUUGCCUAGUCUUAGGUCGAGGCAUUUGUUAUGACUGUGUAGACCAGGGCAGCUUUAUGUAUAGCCAAGUAAAAUCAUUUUCUUUUUUUUCUUUUUUUUAAUUGCUAAAUAGCAGUCUUGAAAGCACCAUGCAAAGCACUGUCAGGAACAUUAUUUAUUGUUUUGCAUGGUCAGACCCAAAGAAUGUUUUUCUUUUCUGUCUCUCUACAAAAUUGUAUGUAAAUAUUUGAAGCAGAUAAUGGCUUGGUUUUUGUGUCAAGUACUCUAUAUGUUGUUUGAAAAAUAAAAUGUGGUAACAAAGGAA